UGGAGCCUUUAGUUUGACGGUCGGUUUUGUGAAGAACUUUGGGGGUAAAAAUGGUAAAUAAAAACCGGCGUAAACAUAAACCAUAGUCACAGACAGAGUAAGAACACAACCUAGAUUCUUGCCGUUUCGGGAAAAAUCUUCUUGGAGACAAAAUCCUAGUAAAAUUUCUUUCAGAACUACCUAUUGAGCAGUAAACUUAAUUUGUCUGUGUUUCUUGAUCUUCGAGAAGACAUAAUCUUGAGUCUGAAGGUGAAACUACUGUAGACAGAAGAACAAUGUCAAAGAAAAAGAACCCUCAUGUGUUUCUAGAUAUAUCCAUUGAUGGAGCUCCCAAAGAAAAAGUUGUUAUUGAGCUUUUCUCAGAUAUUGUUCCUAAGACUGCUGAGAACUUUCGAGCACUCUGCACAGGCGAGAAGGGCAUUGGUGCGUCUACUGGAAAACCACUACACUUCAAAGGAUCUAUUUUUCACCGGAUAAUUAAAGGGUUCAUGGCUCAGGGUGGUGAUUUCUCAAAGCGUGAUGGCACUGGUGGAGAGAGUAUAUAUGGGGGAAAGUUUGCAGAUGAAAAUUUUAAACGGGUUCACGAUGAGCCGGGUCUCCUCUCAAUGGCAAACGCUGGUCGAAACACAAACGGAUCCCAAUUCUUUAUCAUCUUCAAGGCUACACAUCAUCUUGAUGGGAAGCAUGUUGUUUUUGGAAAAGUUAAACAAGGAAUGGAGAUAAUAAGGAAAAUGGAACAAGUUGAAGUAGUCGCAGAUUCGGCGAAACCUGUUGGUCCUGUGAAAAUUGUUGAUUGUGGUGAAGUUCCUGAAAACAAAACUGAUGAUGUAGUGGCAAAGAAAGCAAAAAAAGUGAAGAAAUCAGGGAGACCUCUUUCUUCAGACGAUAGUUCUGAUGGUAACAGGAAGGGAAGGCACAGGAAAUCUGUCAAAGACAAGAGAAAGAAGAGAAAAAGGACAUACUCCUUGUCUGAUUCAUCUAGCUCGUCUGAAACUGAUAGUUAUUCUGAUUCCGAAUCUGAAUCAGAAUCGUAUACCUCCAGUGAUUCUGAUACAGACUCUUGCACCUCAGAUUCAGGUUCUAGUGAUGGAAGACGUAGGAGGAGGAAGAAAACCUCAACUAAAGAUAAACAUGGGAAGAAGAGGAAGGACAAACUAAGGGACAAGAAGCGGAAGCGUAACAAUAAAAGCUCUAAGCGCCAGUCGAAACAGUCCGUUGUUUGGAGUUCCGGAAGUGACAGUGAUUCAGAAAGUAACAGCAGUGGCUCUGACAAUGAAACUGAACGUAGAGUUUCUGCUCGUAAAACCGUUGUUAAGAAGCAGUCUCUUCCAGCUGUCAGGGUAAAAGAUAGGGGACAAAAAGAAGAUCUGAUACUCACGAAGGAUUUAUCUGAUGAAGAGGGCAAAAUAUCUCUUUAUAAAAAGCCUGAUACCAUCAAUCACUCCAGCAAAUCCAGGAGCCCAAACAGCAGUGGAAGUAUGAGUCCUAAAACAAGUCCCAGAAAAAUUCCUAGGCUGCGAAGUAUCAGUCCUAUUCGACAAUCGGGUAGGCAGGACCACCGGACUAAUUCAAGAAGUCCUGCCCGUAAAGCCCCUGAACCUUCUUUAUCUCCUGAUGGGAAUCCUAAACGUAUUAGAAAAGGGCGUGGAUUCACUGAAAAAUACUCUAAUGCACGCAAGUACCGAACACCAUCUCCAGAGCGUUCCCCUCCUAGGUCCUUCCAUUACAGGGGAAGAAAUGCUCAGGAUAUGAACCGUGACAGAUUUGGAAGCUACAGAAACUAUUCUGAGCGCACAUUGCCGAGCCGUUACCGGAGCCCUCCACGACACAGGAGCCCUACCAGGUACCGAAACAGAAGUAGAAGUAGGAGCAUCUCACGGAGCUCAACUGGUUACAGAGGUCGUCGUGAAAGGGAUCGAAGUCCAGUGGUUGAGCGUCGUAGCAUCAGUGAUAAGCUUCGGUCACGGCUUGGUCUCCGUAAGGAGGAGGCAACGCGCACUUCAGACAAUAAAUCGAGGUCUAGGUCAAAAAGCAGGAGUUUAUCUAAGUCACCAGUGGUGGAUGUGGGCAAACGCCAACGUGCAAGCAAGAUGGACUCGCGUUCACCCAGCAAGUCUAGAUCUAGAUCUCCAGCUAGGGACAGAAACUUGGUUUCCUAUGGUGACCUAUCUUGAAAGCUUCAUUAGAGCAGCCUAUCGGGCUUUUCUUUGACAACAGUAUAAAAUUGAGGAAUAUCCUGUUUACUGGUUUCAAUUCUUAAGAUCUUCUCUUUGGUUCCAUUUCAAUUGUGUUAUUUAGAACCUAUAUCCACUGUUGUAUUUUUUAAUAGUUCUUGUCCUUCAUCUUUGUUUUCCUGUCUUCAGAAUUUUAACUUGUUUAACGUCAGGUGUAAAACAUUUUGGCUCCAAUAUUCAACUGUUCAACUUGUGUUUCUGUUGCUAA